AUGCGGACGAUUGACUGCGAGUUCUCGCACUUCGCUGUACAUCCGGGCCAUGGCCGCCGCUACGUCCCGUUUGCCUUCUUAUCAACGAAGCCUGUGCUGACAUUUGCGCGCCCGAAGUGUUUCGCGAUGUACAUGCGCAAAAAGAACCCACGCUUUAUUGCCUGGACCCGCACGUACCGCCGCAUUCAUCGGAAGACGACGACCGACCGCGUGGGCCGCCGCCGUGCCGCCCGCACAGUGAGGACAGAGCGCGCCAUCGUCGGUGCUGAGCUCUCCUACAUUCAAGAAGUGCGAGCAAAGGCGAAGAAGGUUGACCGUACCGCCAAGGGCAAAGCCGUGCGUGAGGAGAUGGCUGCUCGUAAGGCAGCGAAGAAAUAG